AUGCUCAAUCUUUUCAUUCAGCAUACGUCAGCAGCGCUUACCUUAAAUGAAAACUGGGAUCCUGAUGUUCGUACAGAUAUGAUUGAUGCAUUGGGGCGUAUUGCACCGGAAGGAUCCAUGUACAGACACAAUGACGAGGGCCCAGAUGAUAUGCCUGCUCAUGUUAAAAGCAGCUUGAUCGGUGCUAGCCUUAAUAUCCCUAUUACAAAUGGACAUCUUGCUACAGGCACCUGGCAGGGUAUUUGGAUGUGUGAGUUUCGCUCUCGUGCUCAUGUCAGAUCAAUUGUUGCUACUAUUCAAGGUGAAGAAAUGUAA